UGAUUCCAUGGUGCGGCUGGGCUGGCCACGUCAAACUAUGUGACAGCUCAGCACCAAGCUGAGAUGGCAGCCUCACUCAGUUGUCUGAACCGGUGAAAUCAUAUAGGAUAAAGACGACCGAUAUACCAGACAAUAGUUUCGUUAAUGUUAUGCGGCUCAUCCGUUAUCGAGCUUGUCUCGGGUUCGUAAACCACAGCCAAGGGACCAGUCUGACUGCAGUGAAUGACUUAACGUUAGCAUAUUAGCUAGCUAUAGUAGCUGACCAACUAGCUGUAGCUCGUCAAUUACAAAUUGACAACUUAACAAAUGUGAAAAAUUCAACGUUUGAACAAACUGAAACGAUUCACGUAGAACGUUUCUAUGAUUUUGACAGAAAGCUGACUUGUAUUAAGGUAGUGUCGCUCGCCUAGCUCCAGCUAGCCAGUGUUCGGCCUGUUUGUUGUUGUUUAUGUUUACCUAACGUAGCUAGAUAAACCGCUGAGGACUAACUAGCUAUCUAGUCUCCAAGAUGUCAUCGUGGCUGGGUGGACUGGGCUCCGGCUUGGGCCAGGUCGGGGGAAGCCUGUCCUCAUUCACCGGACAAAUAUCCACCUUCACAAAAGAUAUGCUGCUGGAAGGAGUUGAAGAAGUUGAAGGUGUUUCCACUGAGCUGCAGGUGUCCAGUUCUAAGAUGGAGCAAGUGGAGGCUGAGAAUGAGCGUUUAAAGAGGAUCCAUGCAGAGCUGGAGGAGAAGCUGGAGGCCUCAGAGAUCCAGAAUAAACAGCAGUCUGCUGAGUACAGGAUCCUGAUGCAACAGAGAGAUGUAGAGAUCAGUCACCUGAAGACCCGUCAAACUGGACUACAGGAAGAGGUCCAGAAGUUACAACACUCUGCCCAAUCAGUUUCCUCCGGCUCAGCUGUACUUCCUGUCACCUCCGACUCCACCACCACUACCCGUCCCCGGGGGAGCGCCGUCCAUCAAGGUUUCCAUGGCAGCGACGAGAUGGACUUCAGUGACGUGAUCUGGUCCCAGCAGGAGAUGAACCGUCUGUCUACGGAGGCAUCCGAAGCCCCAGGAGCAGGAAACGGUGACCAGGGAGAGGUUCUGAAGCUGCAGAGGAUCAUUAAGGAGCUGCGUGAGGAGAUGGGGCGUGAGGUAGAAGACCACCAACAUGAGUUAGCAGCGCUGCAGGACGCUCAGAGACAGAAGAUGGCCGACGUCAUCCGGCGCCACCGGGACGAGCUGGCAGAGUACGAGGAGAGGAUAGAGGAGCUGGAGGAACAGAAACAGACUGGAGGUAACAGUCCAGCCAGCGUUACUCACGACUCCUCCUCUAAGGCCUCAUCCCUCCACAGCACCUCCUUGCAGGAGGCAGCAGAGGAGAGACUGAAGGAGCUCACAGCCAGCCUGGAGGAGGCAGCAGAGGAGAGACUGAAGGAGCUCACAGCCAGCCUGGAGGAGGCAGGGAGGAGGCAGGCUACACUGCAGCGGGAAAAGAUGGAGGCGCAGGCUGAGAACGCUGAGCUGCUGCAGAACAACACACAGCUGCAGUCGUCCGUCACAGCGCUCCAGACACGCGUCCAGGAAGAGAAGGCCUGGAAUAAGGCCCAGCUAGUCCAGGAGAUACAGGGGCUGACGAAUGCUCUCGCAGGGGCGGAGCGGGAGAUGUUGAGAAUGAAGACUCUUGAGAGGGAACCGAAGAGCCAGGUGGAACGUGCAGACGUUCUAGAACUCAACGCCAUCAUUGGAACCCUGAGGAAAGAGAAGGUUAUGACGGAACAGGAAAAGAUGAAUCUACUGGAGAGACUUGCGUGUGCCGAGGACAGAGUGGAGUCAGACGUCCUAGACAGACGAGAGUUCUCCCCAGCCGCCUCAGAGCAGAUAGCAGAGCUGAGGGCCGAGCUGGAGAAGAGAGAGCAGGCCCUGAAAGACAACCGAGAGGAACAAGACACACUCGUCAUCACGCUGGAAGAACUGGACCGACACAACACGGAAGCUACACAGCAUGUGAUCUCAGUGAAGGAGAAGCUCUCUGUUCAGCUGAAGGAGUCUGAGACAGAGGUGUCCAGGUUGCAGUCAGAGCUCAGUACCACCACCGACCAGAGGGUGGCGCUACAGGAAGAACUACAAGCCCAGCAGGAGAAACUGAGCCAGAGUGCUUACAUCCUGAACGAUCUCCACAUGGGCAAGCAGCAGCUGGAGGCCACCGUCAAAGAGUUGAGGGAGAAACUUGGACGGGCAACAACGAUGGGCAAAGAGACCCAGAUGCUCCAGAGAACCGUACAGGAGAGGGAGGAGCAGCUGUCUGCUGCCCGGGCAGAGUUGUGUGAGGCUGGGGAGAGAGGGAGAGAAUCCGGGGGGUCCAGUGAGGAGCUGGAGGAUCUCAGGAGAGAACUGGCUGAGAUGAGGAGCUCCCAGGAGAAGGUGAUGUCAGAAGACUACGAGAUGAAGAUGGAGAAGCAGAGGCUAAAGACAGAGGCUGAGCAUGCUCAGGGGAGGAUAGAGGAGCUGGCCAGGCAGGUCAGGGAGGUCCAGGCCGCUCUCAACAGGACCGUCCUGGAGAAGGACACCCGCAUCGAGGCUCUGAAGCUGGAGAAGAGCCAGCUGGAAGGGGAGCUGGUCCAGGCAGAGAGAGGCCUACAGGAGCAGGCCAGGCAGUACCAGCAGACCAUCGAGGAGCUGACCGCUGCCCGCUCCAUGGACGCCUCGGCACUGCAGACGGCGCAUGAGAGGACGGUGAAGCUGAACCAGGAGAAGGACCUGAAGAUUUCCCAGCUGAGGAGAGACGUGGAACAGAUGGCCUCCGAACACAGAGACACCGAUGAGAUGCUAUCCGUCACCGUGGCCGAGGAGAAAAAACAGCUGAUAGACCUCCUCCAGGAGAAGGACUCCUUCACGGAGAGCCUGAGAGCCAACAUGGCCGCCACCCAGAGGGAGCUGGAGUCCGUGGUCCAGGCAGCCACCCAGGAGGCUGAGACCCUGAGAGGAGCUCUGGAGGAGAAGGACUCCUUCACGGAGAGCCUGAGAGCCAACAUGGCCGCCACCCAGAGGGAGCUGGAGGCCGUGGUCCAGGCAGCCACCCAGGAGGCUGAGACCCUGAGAGGAGCUUUGGAGGAGAAGGACUCCUUCACGGAGAGCCUGAGAGCCAACAUGGCCGCCACCCAGAGGGAGCUGGAGGCCGUGGUCCAGGCAGCCACCCAGGAGGCUGAGACCCUGAGAGGAGCUUUGGAGGAGAAGGACUCCUUCACGGAGAGCCUGAGAGCCAACAUGGCCGCCACCCAGAGGGAGCUGGAGUCCGUGGUCCAGGCAGCCACCCAGGAGGCUGAGACCCUGAGAGGAGCUUUGGAGGAGAAGGACUCCUUCACGGAGAGCCUGAGAGCCAACAUGGCCGCCACCCAGAGGGAGCUGGAGUCCGUGGUCCAGGCAGCCACCCAGGAGGCUGAGACCCUGAGAGGAGCUCUGGAGGAGAAGGACACGCAGCUGGGAUGCAUGAAGGAAGACAACAGCCACCUGAAGGAGGAGAUGGAGCGUCUGACGGACCAGCUAAGUAGACCCCAGCCUCCCGGCCUGGCCGAGCUACGCGCCCCGGACAUCAUCACCGAACUGGAGAAUGAGAUCACCCAGCUGAAGACCUCAGGAGAUGCCUCGAGGAGGACCGUAGAGGAGCAGCAGGGACAUCUCCUCUCCUCCCAGCAGUCUCUCCUGGCGCAGCAGAACGAGUUGGAGCAGGCCCACCAACGCCACGAGCAGAGCAGAGAGAACUACGAUAGGCUGAUCCGCGCCAAGGACGAGGAGAUUAGACGCCUGCAGCAGGAAGUAGAUCACCUCGGCCCUACCCAAUACUCCCAGGAACAGGAAGUGGUCAUUCUCCAACGGGAAGACGAGACCAAGUCGUCCCUGAAUAACAGGGAGAACGGCAAUGAGAAACACGACCUGUCCAAGGUGGAGGUAGAGAGUCUCGUGAAGGGCAUUAAGGAGAAGGAGACGGAGAUCAACCAGCUGAAUGAGAAGAACCAGAACCUGACCAGACGGCUGGAUCAGCUGGUGGUCUCCAGAGAGGAAAUGGGGAAGCUCAGCCAGAUGGUCCAGGAGAAAGACGUAGAGAUCCAGGCGCUGCACUCCCACGUCUCCCUGGGGGGAGGAGGCCACAGCCAAGACGUGUUGUCCCUCCAGCAGCAGCUGCAGGCCUACGCCGUGGAGAGAGAGCAGGUCCUGGCCGUGCUGAAUGAGAAGACGAGGGAGAACAGCCAGCUGAGGGGGGACUACCAGCACAUCAUGGACAUCGUAGCAGGGAAGGAGGCUGUGCUCCUCAAGGUCCAGCAGGAGAACAUGAGGCUGUCUACCAUGUCUGACCCCUCAGGGAGUCGAGAGAUGUUCAGAGAGACCAUUCAGAACCUGUCUCGGAUCAUCAGAGAGAAGGACAUUGAGAUCGACGCGCUGACCCAGAAGUGCCAGACAUUGGUGUCGGUGCUGCAGGCAGGAGACUCUGGAGGCGUCAGCUCCAACCAGUUUGAAGAGCUGCUACAGGAGAGGGACACACUGAAACAACAGGUGAAGAAGAUGGAGGAGUGGAAGAUGCAGGUGAUCACCACAGUAAAGAACAUGCAGCAUGAGUCUGGCCAGCUGGUAGAGGAGCUCCACAAGCUACAGGGACAGGUGGAUGCUGACAAAGACUGCACCUCCGAUCUCUCCGUGGACUACAGCCGUCUGAUCCACAGCUAUGAGCGGAAGGAGAGGAAGCUAGGCAGUCUCAGUCACGAACUAGCCCACGUCCAACAGACCAUCAGCCAGCUGAGCAGUACUAAAGAUGUCCUGCUGGGGAAACUGGACAGUGUGGCGCAGAGUCCCCAAGUCACCCCAUUGUCCGCUGCUCUGACGUCUUCUGCCCAGCCUCCUGCUGCAGUGGAACCUCCCAGACACCAGGUGGCAGCACCUGCAACACCGGGGAACCAGGAAGGACUGAGACAGGAGCUGGAGUCUCUGAGAGCCCUCCUGUCUGAGAGGGAGACUAUAAUCAGGACCUUGCAGGAGAACAACCACCGCCUGUCUAACUCAGCCCAGGUGUCAGAGAGCGAGCAGCGCGGCCAGGUCGACGAGGCCAGACAGGUCAGAGAGAGACUGGACGCCCUGCAGCUCUCUGUCAGGGAGAAAGACCUGCUCAUCAAGACUAAAGGAGACCAGCUCAAUCAGGUGAGUGAGAACCUGAGGAACCGAGAGAGCGACAACGAGCUGUUAAAACAGGCCGUGACCAACCUGAAGGAGAGAGCUCUUAUCCUGGAGAUGGAUACCAGGAAGCUGAAGGAUGAGAACGAGGCUGUGGCCCAGCGGAGCCGGGAGAAGGAGUCAGAGUUCAGAGCCCUGCAGGAGACCAACAUGCAGGUGUCCCUCCUCAUGAGGGAGAAGGAGUUUGAGAGGAGCGCCGUGUCGGAGAAAGCUGCCGCCAUGGAAAAGAUGCUCAAGGACAGAGAACAGGGCAACAGUCAGAGGUCAGGGGAGCUGAACCAGCUCCUGAACGAGCUGAGGUCCAUGCAGGAGAAAGCUGUGGCCUUCCAGCAGGAGAGAGACCAGGUCAUGCUGGCUCUCAAACAGAAACAGAUGGAGACCACAGCCGUACAGACUGAGCUGCAGCAUGUGAAGGACAGAGAGCAGCGGUUGAAGUUGGAGCUGGACCGGCUACGUAACCACCUGCUGGAGAUAGAGGACACCUACACACGGGAGGCCCUCGCCGCCGAGGACAGGGAGGCGGAGCUACGUAGGAGGGUCACGCUAUUGGACGACAGACUGGCUACAUCCUCUAGUCAGGUGGAGAGCACCAGCCACCAGGCGUCUCUCCAGGUGGAGUCUCUCCAGGAGCAGCUGAGUGGAACGGUGAGGCAGAGAGACGAGGCCCUGACCCAGCUCAGAGCAGCACGGGACCAGGUCAACCAGUACGCCGUGUCCCUGUCCAACCUCCAGGUGGUGAUAGAGCAGUUCCAGCAAGAGGAGAAAGCCAUGUAUUCCUCAGAGCUUGAUAAGUACAAGAGGGAGAAGGACGAGUGGAGAAGAAAAGCAGUUAACCUGGAGGACAGAGCCUCUGCUCUUCAGAUCAACCUAGAUGAGGCUAACGCUGCUCUGGACUCCGCCACCAGACUCACUGACCAGCUGGACCUGAUGGAGGAGCAGUUAGAGGAGCUUAAGAAACAAGUUGACGUGAGGCAGGAGAUGUUGGAAGAAGCUCAGGACAAGUUGAUGACCGUGCUGAAUAGCACCGAGGGUAAAGUAGACCAGGCUCUGAUGCGGAACCUGUUCACGGGGUACUUCCACACCCCGAAACCCAAACGCUCCGAGGUGCUGAGGCUCAUGGGUAGUGUCCUGGGACUGGACAAGGAUGAGGUCAACCAGAUGUUGGAGGAGGAGGGGGGUCGUGGAGGCUGGGUGUCCAGCUGGUUGGGGGGUAGAACCGUACAGAGUGGCCCCAACACACCACAGAGACCUGGAGCAGGACAGGGUGGAUUCAACAACUCUUUCUCUGAGAUGUUUGUGAAGUUCCUGGAGGUGGAGUCUAGCCCGGUGGUUCCUGCCCCCAGACUUCCUGUCUAUGACAUCAACCCCCUUAGUGCCCCGCCCCCUGGGAGGACUACCAGCUCAGCCUGGGCUCAACAAUCAGAAGGAGGGGCGGCAGCCGGCAGGGGACAGAGGGCAGCAGGGGAGUCCAACCCUUUCCUAGCUCCCCGCUCUACGGUCGUGCCACUGAUGCAUCAUGGGAGUGGUAGUUCCAGUGGGUCGGGAGGACACCACCUCCUGAUGAAACCUAUCUCAGACAGCCUUCCCACCUUCACGCCUGUGCCUGUCUCUCCCGAGAGCGGAGGGCAGGUGCUCAAAGACUUACUCAAGCAGUGAUUGGAGCCACGGCCUGUCAAUCAGAGCUCCUCGUCCAAUCAGGAGGAACGUAGACACUACAAUAGACCGUUAUUACUGUGCUCCUUUCGUCCAACUGUCACUCAGUGAUGUCACUAACUUCUACACAGCAGGACAUGUCACCCUCUCUGAUUCACGGGCAGUUUGUUGUCCUUUAUUUUUGAAAGGGGUUGAAAUAGUAUUUUUUAUUUUAUUUUACUAAAGAUGGAUCCAUUCCGUUCGCUAUAUUAAGGAAAACUAUCAGGACUCAAUGCCCUGAGUGUCCCAUUCACUCAGUGUGUGUGUAACCUGUUCUGCCAGGGCAUUGUUAGACAGACAGAGAGUUGAUGCAUUGAACAAAGAGGGAAGUGUUUGUGUACACUUCCUGUUUUCUAGCUGUACAAUAUUAACGUGAUGGAGAACAUCUCGGCUGUACUACAACAUCAUCACUGUUUGGACAAUUUGAAGAGAAGUUUUGUUUUUAUUUUAAUUGAAUUUUAGCCGUAGGCCUAAACUAGCACUCUAAUCCUUACCUUUGACCUGAGCCUUACGGUGCCUGGUCAAAGGUAGUGGACUAUGUAGGGAACAGGGUACCAUUUGGACUGUCUGAUCUGAUGCAAGGCUUGCCUGAUGCUUCCUGGCAACAGCAAUGCUGUGGAGAUUCUAAUGUGAGACCUGGCUCUAUGCAUCUGGUGAAACCAUCCAGACGUUUGUGCUUAAUCUUCUGUUUUCCAGACAGAGAAAUGGUGAUCAGCCACACGGCGUUACUGUGGUAAAACACAGGUAAUAACAGGCUGUGGAUUGAUCAGAUCGCUUUGACUAUGGUUCCGUUCCAAAUAGCAACCUUAUUGCUUAUAAACAUACAGUGCAAUUAUAUGUGUGAGUGUGUACAGUGCCAGUCAAAAGUUUUAGAACACCUACUCAUUCAAGGGUUCUUCUUUAUUUUUACUUUUUUUCUACAUUGUAGAAUGAAAGUGAAAGACAUGAAAACGAUGAAAUAACACUUAUGGAAUCAUGUAGUAACCAAAAAAAGUGUUAAACAAAUCAAAAUAUAUGUUACAUUUUAGAUUCUUCAAAGUAGCCACCCUUUGCCUUGAUGACAGCUUGGCACACUCUUGGCGUUCUGUCAACCAACUUCACCUGGAAUGCUUUUCCAACCGUCUUGAAGGAGUUCCCACAUAUGAUGAGCAAUUGUUGGCUGCUUUUCCUUGACUCUGCGGUCCAACUCAUCCUAAACCAUCUCGAUUGGAUUGAGGUCGGGUGAUUGUGGAGGCCAUCUGAUGCAGCACUCAUCACUCUCCUUGGUAAAAUAGCUCUUAAACAGCCUGGAGGUGUGUUGAGUCAUUGUCCUGUUGAAAAACAAAUUAUAUUCCCACUAAGCGCAAACCAGAUGGGAUGGCGUAUCGCUGCAGAAUGCUGUGGUAGCCAUGCUGGUUAAAUGGGCCUUGAAUAAAAAAGAAAAUCACUGACAAUGUCACCAGCAAAGCACCCCCACACCACCUCCUCCAUGCUUCACGAUGGGAACUACACAUGUAGAGAUCAUCCGUUCACCUACUCUGCGUCUCACAAAGAACCAAAAAUCAAACAUUUGGACUCAUCAGACCAAAGGACAGAUUUACGCCGGUCUAAUGUCCUUUGCUUAUGUUUCUUGGCCCAAGCAAGUCUCUUCUUCUUAUUGGUGUCCUUUAGUAGUGCUUCCUUGGCAGCAAUUUGACCAUGAAAGCCUGAUUCACGCAGUCUCCUCUGAACAGUUGAUGUUGAGAUGUGUCUGUUACUUGAACUCUGUGAAGGAUUUAUUUGGGCUGCAAUCUGAGGUGUGGUUAACUCUAAUGAAUUUAUCCUCUGCAGCAGAGGUAACUCUGGGUCUUCCUUUCCUGUGGCGGUCCUCAUGAGAGCCAGUUUCAUCAUAGCACUUGAAGACACUUUCAAAGUUAUUUUCCAGAUUGACUGACCGUCAUGUCUUAAAGUAAUGAUGGACUGUCAUUUGUCUUUGCUUAUUUUAGCUGUUCUUGCCAUAAUAUGGACUUGGUCUUUUACCAAAUAGGGCUAUCUUCUGUAUACCACACCUACCUUGUAAAAACCCAACUGAUUGGCUCAAACACAUUAAGAAGAAAAUAAAUUCCACAAAUUAACAAGGCACACAUGGUAAUUUAAAUGGAUUCCAGGGGACUACCUCAUGAAGGUGGUUGAGAGAAUGCCAAGAGUGUGCAAAGCUGUCAUCAAGGCAAAGGGUGGCUACUUAGAAGAAUCUCAAAUAUAAAAUAUAUUUUGAUUUGUUUAACACUUUUUUUUGUUUACUAAAUGAUUCCAUAAGUGUUAUUUCAUACUUUUGAUGUCUUCACUAUUAUUCUACAAUGUAGAAAAUAGUAAAAAUAAAGAAGAACUCUUUAAUGAGUAGGUGUGUCCAAACUUCUGACUGGUACUGUAUAUGUGUACGUACAUGGGUGAUAAGUGUCUAUAAAUAUGAAAUAUAAGACGGUACUUUCAGACAUACCUUAAGUGCCUACCAAUGUUUCUGUUCAGAUAGGUAUACUGUAUGAUUUUGGUUUGUAAAUUAAGAAAUAUAUAUUUACAAAGUUGUAAAAAACAUAAACUGCACAUUAAAAAGGUUUACGUGA